CUAUAGAUUAGUUGAGAAGCCUCUGCAAGCAAAGUGCUAGGGAUGGAGAGAAAUCAUGUGCCUACAGGAUUGGUGUUCUUGCUGCUAAUAUUGUUUACCUCAGAGAUGAUGACAAUUGCCAGUGCAAGGCUGUGCGAGUCGCAAAGCCACACGUACAGGGGAACGUGCACCAACAACCAUAACUGCGCCAUCGUAUGCCAAAGAGAGGGCAGGGGAUUCACUGGUGGCAGGUGCAGGGGAUUCUGGCGAAGAUGCUACUGUACCAAGAUAUGUUAGAUGGUGCAUCUCACGCUAGCAUCAAAGCUUUUCUGCGUCGGUCUGCUUAAUUUAUAAGAUAGGAUAUUAUGCAAGUGAGAAAAUUAUUCUCGUUGGUCGUUCUUGUCUGGGAUAUGCUAUGAGGUUUCUAGUUUUUGAGUAUUCCUAUCUGGGAUAGGGUAUAUUGUAAGAAUAUUACUUUGGAUUGUUUAAUUUCUGCCUCCUGAUAUGUAAGAAAAAAAUCUCUACAGAUUUUUUCUUUCUUCU